UGACAUUGACAUUUAUUGAUGACAAUUCUUCUGACAAUUUUACGAAAAAAUAUUGCGAUCCAAUUUUAUGUUUCAUUUAAUAAAUUGGGACGUAGUUAACUAAGAUGCUUCGCCAGCCGCUGUCCCGGGCUCUGUCGUUGAGUUCACCAAGUCGGGUGGCUCCGGCGGCGAUUCGCAAAUAUGCCGAUCAGGUACAGGCGAAGCCAGAGAACAUAGAAUUGUUCAUUGACGACAAACCAGUGUAUGUGCCCCAUGGUACAACAGUUUUACAGGCAGCAGCAACAAUUGGAGUGGAAAUACCUAGAUUCUGUUACCAUGAGAGGCUGGCCGUCGCAGGCAACUGCAGGAUGUGUCUGGUGGAAGUAGAGAAGUCUCCGAAGCCAGUGGCAGCUUGUGCCAUGCCCGUCAUGAAGGGUAUGAGGGUCAAAACCACUUCCGACCUCACAAGGAAGGCCAGGGAGGGAGUUAUGGAGUUCCUGCUCGUCAACCAUCCUCUGGACUGUCCCAUCUGUGACCAGGGUGGUGAAUGUGAUCUCCAGGACCAGUCCAUGGCCUUCGGUUCAGAUAAGAGCAGAUUCACUGAUAUCCAUUUCUCAGGAAAGAGGGCUGUAGAGGACAAAGAUGUGGGUCCGCUUAUUAAGACCAUCAUGACUCGUUGCAUUCACUGCACAAGAUGCAUCAGGUUUGCCUCGGAAGUGGCGGGAGUUGAUGAUUUUGGUACUACUGGCAGGGGUACCGAAAUGCAGGUCGGUACAUACGUGGAGAAAAUGUUCCUGUCAGAGUUGUCCGGCAACAUCAUUGACCUGUGCCCUGUCGGUGCCCUGACGUCUAAACCCUACAGCUUCGCCGCCAGACCCUGGGAGACUAGGAGGAUUGAUUCGGUGGAUGUUUUGGACCCGCUGGGCAGCAACAUCGUGGUCACCACACGAACUAACGAAGUCCUUCGUAUUCUACCCAGGACCAAUGAGGAGAUCAAUGAGGAAUGGUUGUCGGACAAGUCGCGGUUCGCGUGCGACGGGCUCAAGCGACAGCGACUAGUGACGCCGAUGGUCGCCGACAGUCGCGGCAACCUCACCGAGGUGGACUGGGAGGACGCCGUGCUGGUCGCCGCGCGCGCCCUCCGCGACUGCCCGCCAGACAAGCUUGUAGCCGUUGCCGGUGAUCUAGUGGACGCGGAGUCGCUGGUCGCACUCAAGGACAUGGUGAACCGUCUGGGCUCGGAACAUGUGUACACCGAACAGUACUUCCCGCUAGAGGGCGCUGGGACAGAUCUACGGUCGUCCUACCUGCUGAAUACUAAGAUCGCUAACGUGGAAGACGCGGACUUCGUACUUCUAAUAGGCACGAACGUGCGUUUCGAGGCGCCUCUGCUCAACGCCCGCAUCCGUAAAGCGUUCAUUCACAAGGAGACAGACGUUGCUAUGAUCGGGCCCAAAGUCGACCUCACAUACGAGCACAUGCAUGUUGGUGACUCAGCGUCCAUCGUCAAGGACUUAGCUUCGGGCACGUCUUCUCACGAAGUCCUCAAGCGUCUCGAGAGUGCCAAGCGGCCAGUGGUUAUCCUCGGCUCGGAUGCGCUGCGUGGCGCUGACGGAGCGGCGCUGUUAGCUAACACCAUGGAGCUAUCCCUGAGGCUGCAAGAUAAGCUGCAGGAUAAGGAGUGGAAGGUGCUAAACGUACUCCAGCGCACGGCAUCAGCAGUGGCGGCGUUAGACGUGGGCUACCGCGCGGGCGUGGGCGCGUCGCUGAAGGACGCGCGCGUCGUGUACCUGCUGGGCGCCGACAGUGGCGUAGUCACGCGCGACCAGCUGCCCAAGGACUGCGUGGUCAUAUACCAAGGUCACCACGGCGACAGCGGCGCGGCCAUGGCGGACGUUGUCCUGCCGGGCGCGGCGUACACGGAGAAGCGAGGCACGUACGUGAACGCGGAGGGGCGCGCGCAGCAGACCCUGCCCGCCGUCACGCCGCCCGGCCGCGCCAGAGAGGACUGGAAGAUACUGAGAGCGCUCUCCGAGGUGGUCGGCGUGCGGCUGCCGUACGACAAGCUGGACGAACUCCGCGACCGUAUGGCGCAGCUGAGCCCGGCGCUGGUGCAGUACGGCGAGGUCAACGACAACAACUACUUCGCGCAGGCGCGAGCGUUGGCGCAGAGCCUCCAGCAGAAGCCCGUCUCCGGCAAGCUAGACGUCCAGAUGAAGCAGCUGGAAGACUUCUUCAUGACUGACGCCAUCUCCCGCGCGUCCCCCACCAUGGCCAAGUGCGUGCAGGCCGUCAUGAAACAGAAGCAGUCGCCGUAUUAAACGAACAUAGACAAGCGGAUUUGUUUUUCAAUUUUUUAAAUUCCGAACCGAAUUUAAAGUUUUGAACCGGGAACGUUAAUAACUUUUUUAUCUGUGACUUAUCAGAUACUGGAAUAACAUUUUGAUUCAUAGAGUUGAUUGGUAUUAGGUUUAAGUAUUCGAUUACAUCUCCGCAUGUAACAAAAAAUAAAUCCGCUUUAAAGUUUAAUCAAAUUCAACACACUACAGCUAGAAAAAUAGAAAAUCAAUCUAUCAAUCUAAAAUAUUGGAUUUGUCCAUAUUUGCAUCUACUUAUAUUCCAGUUGAAACUCAGUAGGUGUGUGUUGAUAUUUAUUACUUUAUUAGUAAAUAAAUAAUUUUACUCGCGA